UUCUUCUCUUUCGGCAUCAAAUUUUAAUGAUCUGUUUUUUGUAAAAUUCUUUUUUUCCUUAAUUGUAAAAUUUUAGAUUAUUAAGUUAUAUUAAGUUGAGGAUAUCAAAGCAUUUGCAAGUUACAAGAGUAUAUCUUCUGGUUGGCAGAAAUUUAGUUUUAAAAGAAAAAUAUCAAUUCAAUCGUCAUUAUGCCAAAAGUUAAGGUUAAGAUUAAUGUUAAGGAACGCUUAGAAGACAAUGUUCUGGAUCUAAGCUUGUUGGAAAUUGAGGAUAUUCCCGUACGUGAUAUCGCAGAAGUAAAACGAGCAACUGUUCUGGAUCUAUCAAGCAACAAUAUUCGAUUCAUACCGAAAAAUUUUGGAACUCAUUUAUCGCAUAUAUAUCGUAUUGAUCUAAGCAAGAAUCAGCUUCGCUUUUUGCCUGAUGACUUUGGAAACUUAACGAAUUUGAAGCAUUUAGAUUUAUAUAAUAAUCAGCUUGAGCAUUUACCAAUUACAUUCGGUCAUCUCUCAAAAUUAAAAUACUUGGAUCUAAAAGCUAAUCCACUAAAUCCAGCACUACAAAAAAUCAUUGGACCAUGCAUAACAGGUAAAGAUUGUCAAAAUGCGGCAAAGAAUGUCGUGCCUUAUUACAUUGAUUUGGAAAAGAAAUUGAUAUAUGAGAAGAGAAAGAAGGCUGAACGGGAAGAGAAGGAACGCGAAUUAGAGGCAGAAAGACAACGUGAAGAGAAGCGACUUGCUAAAAAAGCAGCCAGAAAGGAACGAAAGUUAUUGGAGAAACAACAGGCUGAAGAAGAAAAUUUGAUCAGCAACGACAAUGAAAUUAAAGAAAGUUUAUCAGACGAACCUGAAAGCAAUAAUAAGCAGAAUGUGUCAGUCAAAUCAGUGCCAUCCACGUCACUAAAUUUUGUGAAGCUUAUCAUAAGAAUAUUCUUAUUCUUCUUCAUUAUUAUCAUGCUUGGUGCAAUAAUCUUUAAAUAUUUGCCAACACAAUUCAAUGCCAUAACAUCAUUCUUGUCUGAUCGUCAACGAAAAGUAUUUUACAAUUUAUUUGAAAGAAUCGAUGAAAGUGUUCAAUAUUUUACUAAUAAAUGAGGAUUAUAAAUUGUUAAAAUAUUAAUGCCAAACGGUUUUUAUAUCUAGAAUAAAAGAGAGAAAUUUUAGAGCUUAACGGCUCUUUUUACGAUUGCUGAUAACGAUUCUCUCACA